GAUUUGGUCCUCUCGCGAGAGUCGACGCAGUUUGGCGCACAAAUAAUCAUCUUCACCUUCAUCUGAAGACCCGCUCGUCUCGUCUCGACUCGCUAGCUCGGACCCUUUCGGCGGUUGGCAGGCAGGUCUGCGAGCGCGAUGGAGGCUCCGUCGGUUCCGGUUCCGUCCGCCCACAGCCUGGUUCUGCUGCAGCAGCUCAACGUGCAGCGCGAGUUCGGCUUCCUGUGCGACUGCACGGUGGCCAUCGGCAACGUGUACUUCAAAGCUCACCGAGCCGUCCUCGCCGCCUUCUCCAACUACUUCAAGAUGAUCUUCAUCCACCAGACCAGCGAAUGCAUCAAGAUCCAGCCGACUGACAUCCAGCCCGACGUCUUCAGCUACCUGCUGCACGUCAUGUACACGGGGGCGUGCCCCAAGCAGCCCGUGGAGCCCGCGCGUCUCGAGGACGGUAUCAAGUUCCUGCACGCCCACCAGCUGUGUCGCAAGAGCGCCGAGGGACCCGGCGCCGGUGCGGACGUCCCCAUCGCCGACUCCGUGCGCACAUCAAACCUGUACGGCAUCCAGAUCUCCUCCCAGCUGGCCGGUAAGGAGGCGCCCGCCGGGGGCGAGUCGCGGGGGGCACGCGCCCGCUCCCAGCCAUCGCUGGCCCCGGGGUCGGAAGGCGAGCGCUCCGACGGUCGCGCUUCUUCGCCGCGGGACGACUUCGACAUCUCCUCCGCCAUCAAGCAGGAGCGCCCGGACGACGAAGGACCAGGCUCGCCGCCCCACGUGGACGACGCGGCGUGCAAAGAGCGGCCGCCGCCUCUGGCGUGUCCCCGCUGCGGCCACCGCUGCGCCUCGCCCGAGCGCCUGCGCCAGCACCUCUUCAGCCACGCCCUGCGCCCCGCCCUCUUCGCGGAGGUGCCGCCCAACGAGGAGGGCGGCGGCUUCGAGGACGAGCGUCUGGACGCCGGACGCCUGGAGGAGGCGCUGCGGCAGAGUCGGGCGCUCGCCGCCCAGCUGGCGGCCGAGCUCAGGAGGAGCCGCGCGGGAGCGGAGGCGCCGGGGUCCGCCACGCCCGCCGCCGGCCACUCCCGCAAGCGCAAAAUGGCGUGCGCCGUCUGCGGCGUGCGCUUCUCGCACAAGAGUCAGCUUCAGGAGCACAUGUACGCGCACACCGCUAAGCCGCCCCGGCUGCAUCGCCACAGCCAGCUCUUCCACAGCUCCGCCCACUUCUGCCCGGAAGGGGGCGGGGCCCCGGCCGAAGACGCCUUCCCGGACGCUCGCGACAACGGGAGCUCCGCCUACUCGCUCGACUCUGAAAUUUCGCAGGAGAGCGGGGACGGGGGGCGGGGCGAGUGACGCGGGGCCGGCCUAGAUCAAGGGUGUCAAUCAUUUUCUCACAGACCACAUUCUUGUCAUGGUUUCCUUUUCAUGACUGCGGACCCAUAUAAAUGUAGGAAAUUCUCAAAUAUACACAACAAAUUAAGUCAUACAUGGUUGUGAAAUCUAAUUUUUAAAAAAUAUUUUUUUGAAAUUGUGGACUGGUAUCAAAAAUACUUACUCUUUUUAAAGUGACAAUAAUAUACAAUUGGUAUAUUUUAGCGAUAAAAGCCGAAUUUGAGAGGCGUGGCUUCUGUGCCAGACGGCCACUCCGUGUUUUGUCCUCUGUGUGGUUUUCAAAGUAAAAGCUCUGAUCCAACUUGUCUGAUCUCACUGCUUUUCCAAGGACGGGACAACCUUAAAAUUCUCCGCCAUAGACUUCAUAACUAUUGACCUGACACCUCAUCAUUCUUUGCGUCAUGCCCAGUGUUCAGAUUACAGUCAUCAGAUUACAGUAACGCGUUACUGUAAUCUGAUUACUUUUUUCAAUAACGAGUGAUCUAAUGUGUUCAUUUUUCUAAACAAGUAAUCUGAUUAAAGUUAGUUUCCUUAAUGUCUCUGCGUUACUGUUUUUUCAUUGCCUCAUAACAUAUGUAGAAUGAAGAAUAUUGUAGUCAUGUACGAAGAGUAUUUUGAAUAGAAAAUGCUAAAAUAAAAGGUUCCCGGUACGUGUUUCCAUGACAGCCUCUUAGCUAUUUCCUGUUUUGAUCUCGCGUCACGUGUUGUGGGACUGAGGCGGGUGGACAUUUGCGCCGAGUGUUGAGACAUUGUGAGGGAAUGUUGAUCUGUGGAUAUCCAUGAAUGAAGGUGAGUAUUUUUCCUUCAUUCUGGAGGGUAUCAGCAAAAGGUUGGACCCCCUACAUGCGCGGCCGUUACGUAGCUUUGCCGUAGCAACGACGGGCAAUCAUAUGCGUGUUGCACAUUUAUGCCAUGAGGUGAUGUGUUCGUUGAGCAUCUGUGGGAUGUGUUGUAAGUCCGAUUGAGUGCAAAGUGCUUAGUUGCCAAAUUGACUGCGUGUGUUGAGAGAAGCACUUACGGGUUGUGCACGCGCAUCCGCGCCCGCCACCACCUUUGCAAUUUUGUGCUGUCAGUUUGCAUUGUUUUACAUUGGCACUGAUAUGCUGUUAACCAUAACCCGAAAUUCAGAAGUUUUGACAUUAGGCUUAAUCUUAGAGUUAGCGGGGUUUAAUUGGUCGGUGGAGUUGAUUUUUAAAAAAUUCCAAGCAGCUGUCAGUCAAUUUGUUAGUUUCAGGGCUCCGGAGUGGCUAAGCUAGCGCGAAAUUCUGAUAUUCCCCUUUAAAUUCAAUCAUCAGAAAGUCAAUUACACGUGAUGACAUUUUUCUGUUGUCAUUCUUAUGUUGAGGCGGCAAAGGGAGAAAAAUGGGUGAAACGUAACUGAUAGAUGACUUUUAAAGUAACUUAGUUACUUUGAUAAUGAAGUAAUCAGUAAUGUAACUACUUUUUUGAGGCGUAAUCAGUAAUUAAAUUACUUUUUCAAGUCAUCUGUGACAACACUGGUCAUGCCUUACGAUAGGGGGACGAGCUUCAUUUACUAAUAGUCAGCCGAAGACGGCACAUGCUCAUGUCCAAGCUGGUGUUAAGCAGGGCCGGCCCAGGCCAUUUGGGGGCCCUAAGCAAAAUAAUGCAAAGGGGCCCAUAUUUUUGGCCCACCAUUGCGUCACAGCGUACUGUGAAACCCAUACAUGCAAUCCGACCCAUACGUCCAUAUUUUGUAUAUUAAUCAGAUUUUGUUGCACUGCAUACUUCAAACUUCUCACCCCAAAUGAUUGUCAGUACUUACAGUAGAU